CCUCCCCCACCCCCAGUCUUGUCAUGCUUUCCUGGGGGCUGAGCUGUUUGUCCACGCUGGGGGCUGCGGCCACUGCACUCGCGUGUGCAGGUCUGCUGCUUGGCCUGGCCCAACAACUCUGGACGCUCCGCUGGACUCUGAGCCGGGAUCCAGCCUCCACACUGCCCUUACCCAAGGGCUCCAUGGGCUGGCCGUUCUUGGGCGAAACGCUGCACUGGUUGGUUCAGGGCUCCGGUUUCCACAGUUCCCGCCGCGAGCGCUACGGGACAGUGUUUAAGACGCACCUUCUGGGCAGGCCAGUGAUCCGCGUGAGCGGUGCGGAGAACGUGCGCACCAUCCUGCUGGGCGAGCACCGCCUGGUGCGUAGCCAGUGGCCGAGGAGCACGCACAUUCUGCUAGGUUCACAUACACUCCUCGGUGCAGUUGGCGAGCCCCAUCGGCAACGGCGUAAGGUCCUAGCGCGCGUGUUCAGCCGCUCCGCUCUGGAGCGAUUCGUGCCACGGCUGCAGGGGGCGCUGCGGCGAGAGGUGCGCUCCUGGUGUACCACCCGAGGACCCGUAGCUGUUUACCAAGCGGCCAAAACGCUCACCUUCCGCAUGGCCGUGCGCAUCCUACUGGGUCUGCAGCUGGACGAAGCGCAAUGCGUCAGGUUGGCCCAGAUCUUUGAGCAGCUGGUGGAGAACCUCUUCUCACUGCCUUUGGAUGUACCUUUCAGCGGCCUGCGCAAGGGCAUCCGGGCCAGGGACCAGUUGUAUCAGCACCUGGAUGAGGCCAUUGCUGAGAAGCUUCAUGAGGAGGAACAGGCAGCAGAGUCAGGUGAUGCUCUGCACCUGAUCAUUAGCAGCGCUAGGGAGCUCGGCCAGGAGCUCUCUAUGCAGGAGUUGAAGGAGUCGGCCGUGGAGCUUCUCUUCGCGGCCUUUUUCACCACAGCAAGCGCCAGCACAUCGCUCAUCCUGCUGCUUCUUCAGCACCCAGCGGCUAUCGCCAAAAUCCAGCAGGAGCUGUCAGCACAGGGGCUGGGGCGCGCCUGCGGCUGCGUACCCCGGACCACAGGGUCUGCCCUGGACUGCAGCUGUGAGCCGGACCUUAGCCUAGCGGUGCUGGGCCGUCUGCGCUAUGUGGACUGCGUAGUCAAAGAGGUUCUGCGCCUCCUACCGCCGGUGUCUGGGGGUUACCGCACGGCGCUGCGCACCUUUGAGCUGGACGGCUACCAGAUCCCUAAAGGCUGGAGCGUAAUGUAUAGCAUCCGAGACACGCACGAGACAGCCGCAGUGUACCGUAGCCCGCCCGAGGGCUUCGAUCCCGAGCGCUUUGGCGUGGAGAGUGAAGAUGCGCGGGGCUCUUGCGGCCGCUUCCAUUACAUCCCGUUCGGCGGCGGCGCGCGCAGCUGCUUGGGCCAGGAGCUAGCGCUGGCGGUGCUGCAGCUGCUCGCAGUGGAGCUGGUGCGCACCGCGCGCUGGGAGCUAGCUACACCUGCCUUCCCGGUCAUGCAGACGGUGCCCAUCGUGCACCCGGUGGACGGGCUUCUGCUGUUUUUCCACCCUCUCACGACUUUGGGUGCGGGGGAUGGGCUACACCUCUGACUCGCUGCUUCUCUAGCCUUGGCUUGCCCAGUGGCUGCUGCGCACAAGCAGCCAGCGCUGCCCGUCUUCAGCUCCCAAGGUCCUUGUCGCGGGCACAUUCACCGAGUCACGGGUCUAACAAAUGCUUAUGGGACAACUCUGCUAGAUUGGAAGUAGUAGAAUGAACCACAGACACCCGCAGUGGAGAAGCGGCUGGCCUUGGGUAAGGAGAGUAGAGGCGCACCUCACGCGGUAGGCAUUUCCCAAGAUCUCAAAGCAGCCAACGGUAGAA